GUUACGAGUAAUCGUUUAUCGAAUAUCGCCCACCACUAGGCUAACGCAACCGGUGUUUCAAGGGUCUGCAGUCCGGUCCCGUUUUGUUAUUAACUUUAGUUUCCCCAAGCACCGUUUGCCAAAAACACCAUCUCAACAAAAUGCUCAAGAACGUAGUAUCCCUUGUCACCGGUGGAGCUUCUGGAUUGGGCCGAGCCACCGCCGAGCGCCUGGCCAAGCAGGGCGCCAGCGUGGUCCUGGCGGAUCUGCCCUCUUCCAAGGGCAACGACGUGGCCAAGGAGCUGGGCGACAAGGUCGUCUUCGUUCCGCUGGAUGUCACCUCCGAGAAGGAUGUCACCGCCGCCGUGCAGACCGCCAAGGAUAAGUUCGGCCGCCUGGAUCUGACCGUGAACUGUGCCGGCACUGCCACCGCCGUGAAGACCUACAACUUCAACAAGAACGUGGCCCACAAGCUGGAGGACUUCCAGCGCGUGAUUAACAUCAACACCGUGGGAACCUUCAACGUGAUUCGCCUGUCGGCCGGUCUCAUGGGCGCCAACGAGCCCAACCAGGACGGACAGCGCGGUGUGAUUGUGAACACAGCUUCGGUGGCUGCUUUCGAUGGCCAGAUUGGUCAGGCCGCCUACUCUGCCUCCAAGGCGGCUGUGGUCGGCAUGACUCUGCCCAUUGCCCGGGACCUGAGCACGCAGGGAAUCCGGAUCUGUACGAUUGCUCCCGGCUUGUUCAACACCCCGAUGUUGGCGGCCCUGCCCGAGAAGGUGCGCACCUUCCUGGCCAAGUCCAUUCCCUUCCCCCAGCGCCUGGGCGAGCCGAGCGAAUAUGCCCAGCUGGUGCAGGCCAUCUACGAGAACCCGCUGCUUAACGGCGAGGUCAUCCGUCUGGACGGAGCCCUCCGCAUGAUGCCCUAGAUCCGGAUCUAGUCCGUGGAGCUCCCCCCAUCACUCGAUCAUUUUGCAUUUAUCUAUCAAUUGAAUUGAUUCAAUUCUAAUUUCUAGUAUUUAGGCCGAAAAAUGUUAUGUCUUGAAUUAUGUAAUAAUUGCUAAUAAACAAAAGUUUCUUUUUCACAUUUUAAA